UCGUACCCGAGAUAACUCGUACCCGAGUCAACUCGUACCCCGAAAUUGACGCCCCAGUCAAGUCGUACCCAAGUCAAGUCGUACCCCAGUCAACUCGUUUCCGAGUCAAGUCGUACCCGAGUUGGCUCGUACCCGAGUACGAGUUGACCCAAAAUCUGUACAUGACGUACGGACGUGUGAUCGUGAGUCAAGAUCAUCAGAUGGUGAUCUCGUAUUUAAAAAAGUUUACAUUGAGUACCUAACACUGACAUCAUGUUCAGCUCUGGAUUCAAAACCACGAAAUUGUCGACGUCAGCUCGCCUGGCAAUCCACAGGUUGAAACUUCUGGAGAGGAAAAAGACUGAAGAGGCACAGAAAGCACGGAAGGAGAUAGCAGAUUAUCUGUGCAUAGGAAAGGAUGAGAGGGCCAGGAUAAGGGUUGAGCACAUCAUUCGUGAAGACUACCUAGUGGAAGCCAUGGAGAUUGUAGAACUGUACCUAGAUCUUUUGCUGGCUAGAAUGGGUCUCAUCACAUCGAGCAAAGUCUUGGAUCCAAGCAUUCAGGAGGCAGUAUCAACUAUCAUCUGGGUCACACCACGUAUGUCCGCUGACAUUGCUGAGCUGAAAUCGGUGUCCCAGCAGCUUGUCUGUAAAUAUGGGAAGGAAUUUGGUGAGUCUGCACGAAAAGGAGAAUGUGAAUUCGUCAACGAAAAGGUGAAGCUCAGGAUGAGCGCGCAAGCACCGCCCAAAUCAUUAGUGGAGAACUACCUAGUAGAGAUUGCAAGGAGUCACGGUGUGACCUAUGAGCCAGAUCCUUGUAUCCUCAGUCCUCCUGAGGUUGAGGGACUCCUGAUGGAUCUUGGAGACGAGACAUUGUCUGGGAGCAAGAAGGGAGGCGGAGGUGGUGGUGGCGGUGGAGGAAUGAGUGUUCAACUGCCUCCCCAGCAACCCAGCUACCCCCCUCCAGCUCAAGCCUACCCCCCUCCUGGCCAGGCGUAUCCCCCUCCUGGCCAGGCGUACCCCCCUCCUGGCCAGGCUUAUCCCUUGGCCGCCCAGGGUUACCCGCCGCCGGCUACCAACCCCGCCUACCCUCCACAGACCCAGCCACAAUCUAUGAACCAAGGAACGAAUGAUUCCCAACCACCAUCUUACAGUAAUUUUGCCCCAUCUCGAGGGCCACCUGCACGGCCUAAAGCACCCCCUGUUGGUCCUGCUACUCCCGGGGUGAGUGUGGAUCACUACAGCCAGCAGGCACCACCGUACUCUGAGAAUGAUCCCAUGUAUCCUCCUAACCCACAAGCAGGCAAGCCGCCAGCAGCUAGCCAGCCGGAGCCCAGCAUGCCUGUCCUGCCUCAGGUCCCUACUAACAGCUUUCCCCCUCUGGACAAUAGUGUCGGAGGCAAGCCAGGCGGAGGGGAAGAUGUGGAUUUUGACGACCUGACCCGCAGAUUUGAAGAAUUGAAGAAAAAGAAGUAAAGUCUAGAUAAAUGAUGAGAUUAUUUUCACAACUGUACUGGUUGGCGUCAGUGUGCUUAUAUCAGUGACAGCUCUUUUGGUAAUGACACUAGGUUAGGGUUAGGGUGUUGUAAGAACGGAGCAGUUUGCACACCAACAGUUUUAAGUCAAAUUGUAGGAAUAGAGUACAUUUGACUAAUUGCAAUCAACAACAUAAUUAUUUUGUUGUCUUGCAUUACAAUGUAGUUACUAUUGGCAACAUAAUUAAUUUAUUGCCUUAAUAAAUACGAAUAAUCUAUUUCUAUUGUUCCUCUCUGCAUGUACACACCAUUAACCUAACUCCCUUGGGCGUGUGAAAAAUCAUCGAUCUGUUAGGAUAAAUGAUGUUUACUUCAGGAUUACAGUGAAUAUGUUUACGUGUACAGGAUUGUAACUGCUUGAUACAAUUCACUGUAACCUUGACAUCAAUGAAGGUCUUGAAAUGGUUAUCAUAUCCAUCAUAAACACGUCUUUUGUUUGACAAGAUUGUCUUCAAAGCACCUCUAGCCGGCCAGCAUGCUGGUCAUUUUUGUUAUCACGGUAACCUAGCACGAUAUUAUCAUGAGUUCUUCUCAUGACACCCUUCAAUUUGCUGGCCGAACUUCAUGGAACGACCCCCCCUGAAAAAUUUACAUACAAUGUUGGCAGCCCCAAGGAAAACAACACACAAUGCACAUGCCACAGAAUGUACAUGUACCUGCAUCUAAACAAAAAUCAGUUCGAUGGCAACCUCCUAUUUGAUUUUUCAAACAUGGCAGACUUGUUUUUCAAUCUUAAAUGUUCAAAUCUUGAUGUGCACAGCCAUAGUUGGAAUAUCAAAUAGUGUUUUUGUGUAGUGGAACGUCUUUGUCCAGGCUGAUGGCUCUAGAAAUCUUGGCUGUUUCAGGAAUUUAAGGAGCUAAAAAAUGGGUUACAAUGUAAGUAAAGUUGAAUUAAAAUAUAUAUAUAAAUAUGUAUUUGAAACUCGGUGUAGUCAGAAAAAGACAAAAAAUAACACACCCAACCCCCCCCCCAAAAAAAAUCUCCUGUCGUUUUUGUAUCAUUAUACAUGUACAUGUACAAUCGUUCCAAAAGGAAUUUUGAAAAUGAAUACAAACACCCAUAAGCCUAAGCCUAGCUUAACCUGUUGUGUAAGGAUACAAAAAGUGGACCAACGUAGAGGGUCAUGUUUGUUAUAGCACAUAUAAAUUCGUAGGUGUCACGAGACCAAUUUGAUGUGGGUGUGAUUUAUAGACAUGAAGCAUUACAAUGUAGUUGCAUUACAAUGAAGCAUUGCAAUGUAGUUGCCAGCAAAACUGAUGGAUAAAUCUUUCAUACUUUUGCAACCAUUUUCGUUAUACAUAAACAAAUAGGGCUUUUGGUAAUUGUAAUAUAUACGUGUAUACUGAAAAAAGGCACUCAAAUUCACUUAAAUUGUGAGAAAAUUAUGCUCCCGCGAUAGUGCUUCAAUAACGAUGGUCCCCAAUGAACCGAAAUACAAAGGUUGCAUACCGAUUCUUUGCUUUAGUUCUGCUUUCUUACAAGCACAGUAAUAUAUAUAUAUAUGCGUGUUGAGUAUUUUUUUACUUUGCUCAGGUCCGUACCAGUCUCAUGUGAGGGGUAGGUUUUGUUUCCCUACAAAAUGGACUUUCAUUGCUGACUUUUCAAAUGCUUACUAUGAAAGGUUGGAUAUUUUGAUUAUCAAACGACACAUUCGAACUUUCUGUAGAGGCUCUAUUAGAACAUGCAAUUUUAUUUUUCAGUUAUUAAAUACAAAAGAACAGCCAUAAAGUUUACCCAUGUUGAAUUUGGAACAACCCUCACCACCACCCUCUGGCUAUAGGCAUGUUUCUUGUACUUUUUGAAGACGAAUUUAAAAUUACAAAAAAAAUGUAACGUUCUGUGUAGUUAUAGUAAGCGAAGUAAGCAUCUUUAUAAAUAUCUAUUAAUUUAAUUUUGUAAAAUUUUAGCAAGAAAUAUUAACUGCAGCCAAUUAAAGUAAUUGUAGUUCUUGGACACCUGUGAUUAAUAUUAAACUGCAAUGUAUAAACACCUCUUGAUUAUUGUU